UUGAACAAUUGAAGACACAGUUAUCAAGUUUAGUACAUGUCCGCUCUUUGAAGUUCAUGAAGGGACCUUUUCAGGCCAAAGUUAGCUUUUCCCCAAUUUUUUGGUGCCCACAUGAAAAUGUCCGAUCUGGAACUCAUUCCUCGCGAAUCUAGCCUAUCUGACAUCUUGUCUAGAGGCACCGUCGCUGAGUUGGAAUCCUAUUUAGAGGCCAAUCCCCACUUGGUCCUGGAUGCUCCAAUUGCAGAUUUGCAAGGACGCACCCUACUCCACGAAGCCAUUCGGUUGGGCCAAAUCCCCAUGGUAGGUCUCCUGCUUGAACGACAUGCCAAUCCUUGUCAAAAAAUAUCUGCCCAUGGAAAAACGGUUCUUCAUCUAACGGCGCAGAAAUGCUGGUCACAAGUGUUGAAACUUUUGCUACAAAACCUGGGCCCCCAUCAAUUUCGAAUCAAUGAUCAAGACAAUAGCCAAAGCAAGAAGACACCGCUUCACUUCGUCUUGCAUAAACUAUUGCGUCAAAAAGACAAUGAAGAAGCACGAAGUUGUUUAAAUUCACUUUUAACAUUUGACGGCAUUGAUGUGAACAUUGUGGAUGCAAAUGAGGUGAGCCCUCUAGAAAUGGCCAUCGACAUUGAUGAGCAGUGGAUCAUUGAGGAGAUGAUUCAUUUGGAUGCCAAUCUUGAUCACAUCUCACGAACUCAUCAAAAAUCUCUGCGAGAGAUUCUGACCGAACGUUUUCCCAAUUUGAUUUUGAGACAAGAAUCUGAUGCCAAUCCAAAUAUUUGGUAUUGUCUUGAGACGGGAGAAGAGGAUGCCAUUGUGGAAGAGAUUGAACGAUUGGCGGCCCAAAACAAGAACUUUGAUUUCGAUUCUGACAAUGGUACCUUUUCUUUGCUGCAAUUCGCUUGCUUGAAUCAACUGGAAAAAGUUGUGAAAGAGCUUUUAAAAGCAGGUGCCAGUCCUAAUCAAACGGUCAUUGGCGGCUUUGCUUAUCCACCAUGUUUUAUUGUCGCUCAAAGACGAAAUCUGAGACUGCUGAGUAUCCUGAAAGACCAUCCUGGAACCGAUUUUGGUCGCAUCAUUAAGAAAGACAACAAACGAAUCAAUGUUCUUCAUUAUAUGCUUCAUUCCGACUUCAACUACCGAGAUAGCGUAUCAAGGAGGGAGCAACCAAAAGAUAUGGCGAUGAUCUCCAACACCCUAACCACUCUUGAGAUGAUCCUAGGAGAUAGGCAUCUUCUCGGGGAGAACCGAUACGAUUUUUUGGUGAAUGAUCCUAUGGAGCCCUGUGGGAACACCCCGCUACAUCUGGCCUCACGCUUUCCAGUUCAGUCUGUGGCUCACGCCCUACUCCUUCAAUAUGGAGCCCACCGCAGUCUGUUCAAGGUGAACCAGAUGGGUUGGGACCCCAUUCAGAAGCUCACGACAUCCACAGUCAAAGCUUACCUGGACAACUGCAUAUCGUGGCAAGAGCAUCCGUUGCAAGAUGACUUUCAUGUGUCUCUAGACCACGAGGCCUUGGUUCCCAAACGGAAAUUCUAUCCAUUUAAGGGAAUCGAACUGGUGGACCAAGGACAAUUGGAAGACAGCUGCUUGCCUUACUAUUACGUGCAGGAAGGUCAUCAAGUCACGGAACUUGAGUUUGUUUGCCGUUUGGCUGACCUUCACAUGGAUUUGUGCGAUCAUCCCAUCAUUUCAUCUUUCGUUUCGUCCAAAUGGGAUCAUUUCCAAAAAUUUCGAUCUUUACGCUGGGGCAUGAUAUCCUUUCGCUCUUUGUUGACGGUCUCUUCCAUACUUUAUUGCUUUGUCACCUUCGGUGGAAAGAGCAUGGUUGGCAGCACCGAGUGUCUCAAGGCUGCCUCAUUGAAUGCCUCAGAGGAGAAAUUCAAUCCAGCCAAUUGUUCACUAAUUGAAAUAAGUGAACUCUUCCGGUAUGUGUUGCUGUCAUUUUGGGGAGUGGCCGGCUUGUACGUGGUGUUUCGGAUCUCACUCCAAAUGACCAUAGAUCUGCGAUCGUGUUUGGCCAAUUUAAAGUUUCUCUUUCGGUUGAUGGAUUUUUGGGUGCUCGUCCUUCUCGUGAUUUGCAUUCCCUUCAUCGCUCUCAGUCCUCCUCAUGAAGAGGUCAUUUUUUCCUUCUCCCAAGCCCGCGAUCUUUCCGGGAUGAUCCUGGUUCUUUGUGGUGUGGACUUAAGCCUUUUGCUUCGAGAUCAUUGGCUGCACGACCGAGAGCUGGUCUCCAAACUCUAUUGGACAGAAGUGGUGGCCAAGGACAUGUUCAAGUUCUUAUCGCUUCACUUAUUCCUCAUCGGGGGUUUCAUCGCAGCUUUCUAUCUCCAACUCCACGAUGACACCAUGGGAUUUGGCGAGAGCGAACAUAACUCCUUCACCUCACAGACUAUCAUCACCAAGAUCAUGGCCAUGAUCAUCGGGGAACUCGAAUAUGGCGAUUUUCCUUUCACCAGUCUCGUGUUCAAUUACAUCACAUUUGGCCUGUUUGUUUUCAUUGUCGUCAUCGUGAUGAUGAACUUACUCACCGGUUUCGCCGUUCUGGAUGUCCAAGACCUUACCAAUCAAUCCAAUGACAAGAUGUGGAAAAAUCUGGCCUCGCAGAUGACCACCUGGGAACAAGGCGUGAUCCAAUUGACGCAAAUGUUUCCUUCGGCUCGUCGGUGGUUGGCAAACAUUGCCAGUCUUAGGCCAGGAGAGAUCCUGGUCAUUUAUCCCAACAAUCCUACGCCUUACCUCAAAACGAACGAGAUAUUGAUCAAAGACGAGAGUGUGGCUAAUGCCGCCAAGAUGCAUUGCCAGAAGCAGAUCGAAAAACUAGAGGAAACGUUGCUAUUGGAUCAGCAACCCCAGAAUUAAUUAUGACCUGUGGGCACGCUUCAACUUGUAUUUACUUUAGUCGCCUUGUACACUAUUUCAACCAUCCAUGAAAGAGGGUUUGCCCGGACUUGUCCUCCAAAACCUUUGUCUUGACCAAGUGUUGGAUCCAUUGUUCGUGAUGUUCGGCCACCCGAUGAAAAACAUCCUUGCGACCACUUCUUAACAGGCUCUUACACUCCUCAAUAUCAUUCAGUUCGGUCAGGAGUCCUUCCAACCGACCCCGGUCGGAGGGAUUGAAAAACACGAUCCGGAACUUGGGACUGAAGUAUUUGUCCUUGAUCUUCUGGAGGUCUGGCCGGUCAAUCUUGUCCACGUCUUUCGUGUCUAAAAGGAAGUCUAGCUCACAUUCUCCGUCCAUCUUUUCGUCUGGAUCUUCUUCAUCGUCAUUGAGAUCCACGUGAACUCGAAGAAAACGGCGAAACUCGGUCAAUGCAUUGGGAACGCCUCGAUUUUCCAAUGUUGAUGACAAAUACAGAGAGGAUACUUUUUUCGGAUCGCCCAUUUUAUCUCUUGUGAUACUCGCACUGAGGUUUAUGAGUCAUCCAAAAUGUGGCAACGAUGGAAAAUGGCUUGAUGCAAUUAUUCUCCCUAACUCAACUUGCAACUCGACAUGCACAAUGAACGAGUGAUUUGAUUGAUCAAUUGAGACCAAAUAGAAGGAACCGUAUUGUCUUACACCUUAAUGCACACAGACAUGACUGAUAAGUUCGUCUGUGGUAUGUAAUUGUGUAUAUGGGCAUGUUCAAGGCCUGCUUCAACACUGUCGAACCCUCUAUCCAAGAAAAACAGGGAAAAGAGAGUUGACUUGGUGGCUAAAAUGCGGACAUUUUCUCAAAACUGUGAGCGGCAACCUUCGGGAAUCACCCGAAAGAUUAAAGAACAAAGACAUUCGUGAGUUUUCCAUCGAGACAAGCGAUUUCCUGAUUGAGAGCUAGGUGCCUCUUUAAGCAAAUCAUUUUCCAAAUCAGUGUUUUUGACCAUGUCGUCCUUCACUUUCUUCGGGCUUGUCAAAUGCUGAAUUUUUAUGUCUCGAAUUAUAUUCUCGUUUGGACAGUAAAAGCCAAUGCAAUUAAAAAUCAAUGAAAAUACGAGAGCUGAAAAAUGCCCAAAUGCAAUCAUGAACCGAAAGAAACCAUUUAUUUUUAGUUGUUA